AUGUUGGACCACCACAUGUUCGUCUUCGGCCUCGUUGCCGCCGGCUCCUCCCUGGUCGCUGCCUACCCCGCGGCCGGUGACGGAGUUGAGGGCUCUAUGACAACCUACGUUGCCCCCCCUGCCGUCACUACCAUCGUGACCACCUCCGUCACGGGCUCCAUGACCACCAUGAUCUCCAGCCCUGCCCAUACGGCUGCUCCCUCUGCCGCGGCAGUGUCCAAGGACCGCAUCGAGGACCUGCUCCGUGAGAUACUGGACCAGCUCGAGGAAGUGGCGGACGAUGACGACCGCAAGAAGCGUGCUGCCGAGAAGCGCCAGACGGCUGAUCCUAUGCCGACGUUCACUCCUGAUCCCCCUACUCACACGGCGGACCCUAUGCCGACGUUCACUAAUGACCCCCCUACUCACACGGCGGAUCCUAUGCCAACUUUCACCAAUGAUCCGCCUACUUGGUCGGGUACGCAUACUGCGGACCCCAUGCCGACGUUCACUAACGAUCCUCCUACUCACACGGCGGAUCCCAUGCCGACCUUCACCAAUGAUCCGCCCACUCACACCGCGGACCCCAUGCCGACCUUCACUCCCGAUCCUCCGGCCCUGUCCCCGGGUCCUCCCACCGUCACUCCGGCUGCGGCCCACUCGCGCCGUGAUGCCGCCACCCCGUCGCCCGUCCUGUUCGGCCUCCCAGAGUGGUGGCCCGCCUGGGUCUCCAACGCGACCUCGAGCGUGGCGUCUCGUACCAGCGGCGCCUCUGCGGGCUUUCCCACCAACACUCUGCCUCCCUCUACGGGCGUGGCCAAGAAGACUGCUGCUCCUCUCGUGGGCGCCGUCGCGGCUGCUGCUGCGGCUUAUUUCCUGCUCUAA